GCACUGAGAUGUCUGCAAUAGGGAGGUGAUGCCAAGAUGUCCACUUCUUUCAGACAGGAGUGCAAGAUGAUUUCCCAUGUAGACCCUAACACAUUUUAUUGCUCCUUUAUUAAGCCUCUAGGUAUAACACCUUACACACACCAGCUUAAUUAUCUAGCCACAGCGACAGGCAGAGAGAAGAAGACUAUCUUGAAGCUUGUUGCUGCCUUUGUUCCAUCUUCCAUCAUCAGUGAGCAUGGCUAGGAAGUGCUCUAGCUGUGGAAACAAUGGCCACAACUCCAGGACUUGCAGUGGCCAAAGAAUUCUAGAGAACAGCAGCAGCAGCAGCAGUUAUACUGCUACUGCUGCUGCUGCUGCUGCUGUCACCUGUGGUGGCUUGAGAUUGUUUGGGGUGCAGCUGCAGGUAGGAGGCUCCUCUCCUCUGAAGAAGUGCAUCAGCAUGGAGUGCCUGCCAUCACCAGCAUACUAUGGAGCUGCUGCCUCGCCUUCGGUUUCAUCGUCGUCGUCUUCGCUUGUGUCGAUUGAGGAGAACACUGAGAGGAUUUCCAGUGGGUACCUGUCUGAUGGGCUCAUGGGCAGAGGUCAGGAGAGGAAGAAAGGAGUUCCAUGGACCGAGGACGAACACCGGAUGUUCCUCGCCGGCCUUGAUAAGCUCGGGAAAGGCGAUUGGCGGGGCAUUUCCCAGCAUUUCGUCACGACACGGACUCCGACGCAGGUCGCUAGCCAUGCCCAGAAGUACUUCCUGAGGCAGAACAGCCUGACCCAGAAGAAGAGGAGGUCCAGCCUCUUUGAUGUGGUUGAAGGUGGCAAGAGGGCAGCAAUGCCCAUUGCAGCAUCUGCAUCUGAAUUGCAAAUCCCCAGCAUGUCACUCAGUGUGGGCACAGUGAAGGAGGAGGCUCUGCUGCCUCCAUGUCUGAACCUGAUGAGCAGCAGUUCAUCAGCAUCACAGCCUUCACCCUCUCUGACCAUGCUGGCAAAGCCUCAGGUGCAACUCCAGAUGCCUGACCUGGAGCUCAAGAUGUCAACAUCCAGGUUAUCUGACCAAUCCGGUUCGUCGCCGAGGACGCCUUUCUUCGGGACCAUAAGUGUUACCUGAUCUUCUUCUUGUUGUUCUUCCUCAGUGCUCCUCAGAAAGUGAAGGGGUUCAGAAAAGGAUGUCUUGGAGAUCAUGUACCUCAAUCAGAAAGUAGGUGUUACUGUAAGGUUAGACUGAUAAUCAGUGAUCUGCCAUGCAGAAAUAAGAUAAGAAAAACAAAGAAGAAUGGUUUAUCAUAUCAUACUUUUGCAAAUCACCUUAUAGCUUUAUGUUGACACAAAGGCAUGGCAAGGUGGUUGCUGGUUUAUAUUUCAGAGCCUGGAGAAGGUGAAAGAUGAGCUCACAAUAUUCAGUUUGCAGUGGGCACUGACAAGGACAGGCAAAACCAAAGCUACUAGCUACUGCACAAAACUUUCUUUCUUCCUCUAUCCACUGCAUAUAUAAAUGAUCAUCCUUGUACAGCAUAUGGGGUUAGCUCUGCAUGCAUGCAUGAACCAAUUACCAAAAUGUGUAAAUUAAUUGGUUCUUUUACUACUACAAGUUAUUUGUUUUCUGUUUUUCUGAAAGUGAAGUUCUUAUACCAAGUUGUUAUGUUUACCUGUUGCUUGUGUACUGCCAAUAAAAAAUCUAUUAAUCAUUGAU